UCAGGUCUCUACAGUCAUCAGUAGCAUUCGACAAGUGUCUAAAGUUGCACUUCAGGAAGAUUCCAAGGUCAGCCGAGAUGGUGAAGAUGCCUUUUAUAAUUCACAGAAGUUUGAAGUCUUAUAUUGCGGGAAAGUGGUCAUUGUUCAUAAGAAUGCUCCGUCUACUCUCGUUGAUGAUUGCAUCGAGAAGUUUCUCUCAACAUGAACAGCAGCGCCUGAGACUGCUCAGUGAACAGCGCAGUAUAGACUCCAGCUCUGACCUCACAUUGGCCGAGACAGAUAUCUCAGUGUCUCCAACUGAUAGUACUUUUCAGGAGCAGGACACUGAGACCAAUGCCAAUUCUGCCUCCAGGAAUCAUUCAGGGAUGUUUACAAUAGGUAGCCAGAGCAAUCUUGGUUCUAUGCGGGUAUCAUUUCCUGAGAGCAUUCUAGAAGACUCGGGCUUUUGAGGACCAGCAGGAGUUCAGAUCUCGAUGUAACAGUGUCACUAUUCAGAAAAAGGUAUAUGAUGGAAAGAUACAAUCAAGAAGACGACAUGCUAGUGCACCAAGCCAUGUCCAGCCAUCGGAUUCUGAAAAGAACAGGACAAUGCUUUUUCAGGUUGGAAGGUUUGAAAUUAAUCUCAUAAGUCCUGAUUCCAAGACGGCGGUGCUGGAAAAGAACUUCAAAGAUAUCUCGUCAUGUUCUCAGGGUAUUAAACAUAUUGAUCACUUUGGUAUUGUCUGUCGUGAAUGUGUGGAACCGGGAAUAAGCCAGUAUAUUUGUUACGUCUUCCAGUGUGCCACUGAAGCUUUGGUGGAUGAAAUCAUGCUGACAUUGAAGCAAGCUUUCAGCACUGCUGCUGCACUCCAAAAUGCCAAGACCCAAAUUAAGCUGUGUGAGGCCUGUCCUAUGCAUGCUCUGCACAAACUGUGUGAGCGAAUCGAAGGGCUGUAUCCUCCAAGAGCCAAACUGGUAAUACAGAGACAACUGUCUUUGCUGUCAGACAAUGAACAAGCUGACAUCUUUGAACGUGUUCAGAAAAUGAAAGCUACAAGCGACCAGGAAGAGAAUGAACUUGUCAUACUUCAUCUUAGACAGUUAUGUGAGACCAAGCAGAAAACUCAUGUUCAUAUCGGAGAGAUGCAGUCGAGUGCAUCGAACAGCUCCCUGCCGGAGAACUCUGCCCCCAGUGGCCGGUUCAAGUUGGAUAUUCUCAAGAAUAAAGCCAAGAAAUCUUUUGACCAGUUCUCUGGAAAACAUUUUCUCAAGGGGUGCAAAUCGAGUGAGAGGACGACUGGGCAGCAUGGACAGCUUUGAGCGUAACAGUUUUGCAUCUGACAAGGACGGCUCUCCUGGGGAUUCUCCUCCGACCACCCCACCAUCUUCUCCUGUGUCAUCGUCCUGGCAGUCAUUUCCAGAGGAAGACCCAGACUCCCCCCCAGUUUCGCAGACGGGCUCACACUUUUAGCCACCCACCAUCGAGUGCCAAGAGGAGGAUAACCUUUCCUGAUGUAAAGUCACCAAACAGCAGAUCCCCCCUUCAAAGGCAGCACUCACUAGCCUGUGAUGGGGCACAAAGCAGCCCCAUUCCUAUUGUUCGGCGUGUCCGCACUGAGAGUGAACCUUCGUUCUCCAGUCCCCUCAUCCUUCACUGCCCCUUCUUUCCUGAAAAAUCUUUACCAAGGUUCAGGCAGAACUCCCCCCCAAUCUGAGAGAGAUGCUCCCAAGAGUGAAAGUGAAGGAAGGAGGAGAACGAUUUCUUCCUGUAGUAAUGACUCUUUAAACGCUAGCGGAACACCCCUCACACUGCGACGAAUUUCGUGGCGUCAGCGGAUUUUUCUCAGGGUAGCUUCACCAAUGAUCACUUCCCCCUCUGAUAUGCAACAUAAAGAUCAUUUAGAUGGGAACGAUUUGCUUCCAUUAUCCCCCCUUCCUCCUACCAUGGAAGAGGACCCACUAGCAUCUCUUCUUCAGGAUGAAAGUACUACAGAAAGCACUGAUGGAAAGAAAAAUUCUGAAGAUCUUCAGAGGUUAUGGCGGAAGGCAAUACAUCAACAGAUCUUAUUAAUAAGAAUGGAAAAAGAGAACCUGAAACUUGAAGCAGCAAGCAGAGAUGAACUUCAGUCUAGAAAAAUUAAACUGGAUUAUGAUGAAGUUGGACUUUGUCAAAAAGAAGUUUCAAAUCUCUGGGAUAAAAAGUUAAACUGCAGAACAAAAAUCCGGUUUGACAUGGAAGAGAUAUAUGCUACACUGAAAGAAGGGGUUUCAAAAAGCAAACGUGGGGAGAUAUGGCAGUUUCUCUCUGUGCAGUAUCGUCUAAGGCACAGACUGCCAAGCAAACAGCAGCCGCCAAAUACAACCUAUAUUGAUCUUUUGAAACAACUUACUGCCCAACAACAUGCUAUCCUUGUUGACCUUGGAAGAACGUUUCCAACCCAUCCGUAUUUUGCCACACAGCUGGGGGCUGGCCAGUUGUCUUUAUAUAACCUUCUUAAAGCAUAUUCUUUGUUGGACCAAGAAGUUGGCUAUUGUCAAGGAAUUAGCUUUGUGGCCGGAGUUCUUCUCCUACACAUGAGUGAACAGCAAGCAUUCGAAAUGUUGAAGUUUCUUAUGUAUGACCUUGGUUUCCGUAAGCAGUACCGGCCAGACAUGAUGUCUCUUCAGAUUCAAAUGUACCAACUCUCCCGGCUUCUUCAUGACUAUCACAGAGACCUCUACAACCAUCUGGAAGAGAAUGAGAUUAGCCCAAGCCUUUAUGCUGCUCCUUGGUUUUUGACAUUAUUUGCCUCACAAUUUGCCCUUGGAUUUGUUGCCAGAGUUUUUGAUAUUAUUUUUGUACAAGGAACUGAAGUCAUUUUCAAAGUAGCCAUUUGUCUUCUCGGAAACAAUAAAGAAAGGAUAAUGGCAUGUGACAACUUUGAGAGUAUUGUGGAUUUUCUAAAGAUCAAUAUACCUGAUAUGACAAAGGACACUAUGGAGAAAAUUAUCACACAGGUAUUUGAAAUGGACAUUUCCAAACAACUUCAUGCUUACGAGGUUGAGUAUCAUGUAAUUAAUGAUGAGAUGUUGGAAGCCUCUAAUUCUUGCGAUGACACAGAGUCCUUCCAGAAGCUUGAAAAGGCCAAUAAUCAGCUAAAAAGGCAAAACAUGGACCUUUUGGAAAAACUACAGGUAGCUCACACCAAGAUUCAGAAUCUGGAAACCAAUGUUGAAACAAUUUUAUCUCGAGAAAGCAAAAUGAGAAACUUGAUCCGAUCUCUGGAACAAGAAAAAUCAGCGUAUCAAAGGGCUGUGGAGCAAAUGAGGAAAUACGUGCCAGCUCAUGUACUGACAGACUGUGAACCUUUGCUAAAGGAUCUUAACUGUAGCCCAAACAACAAAACAAAGACAGGAAGUAAGCAAUAA